GAUCUCCUGAAAUGAACCCAUGGAUACGGAUAGACACGUCUCUUCGUUUUGCCGUCUUAAGGACUCGGAAUAUUCAACCUGUUCCAACCUGUUCGAGGUUCCAAAGAACAGUGUAGUAAAUCACGCUUUGAGCGCCCCUCAUGUCCCACGUCGCCAUCAUUCCGAUGUUUUCAGCCGCAAUUCCGACGCCAUUCGGAAUGAGAAUAUCCUACUUUCAAAGAAUAGCCGAGUUUGUCCACUGAGUAGUGAUGGGAAAGCGAUGAAAAGAGGCGCGAUCGAUAUCAAUGGCUCUUGUAUUAAUUCUCUUGAUGUGAACGCACACGAGCGUUUAUUCAACGGCUCUGAGACUUGCGAAGAUUCGUACACUAUAUCCAUUCAUGAGACUUACCAGCUGGGAUACUGUGGCACUCUGUCCGACAAAGGUGACAGUGAUUUGUAUGUGUUUGAUUUCGUGGACGGCCUUGAAGUUUCCUAUCCAGUCACUGUACCCGCAUCUGAUUCAUUACCAUUCGAUUUACCUCCCCUGUUCGUUGAGCCAGAUUAUGUCCAUCAGCUAACUGCUUUGGCUUCGACUGCCUUGAGCCAACUGGCGCAGUUGUUGAACAAUUGGCUUGUCGCUUGCCAAGCCUAUGACGAACAGGUUCUCAUUUGGCAACACUUGACUGCUCAUGAAGAAGCUGUUCAGUUACGUAAGCUUAUCGUUGAGCUACUAUCCGAUCUAUCACCCCAGUGCGACCUAAGGACACGCGUUGAUUUACAGUCUCCAAGUACAGACAGGAUUCUGUCGCGUCUCACUUCUGCUCUUACAAUGGACAUCUUCGGUUCAGUGAGCGGUGCGAGCCAAGACACACAGCCAGAUUUGUCCAUCCCUAUCGUAUCGCUUUGUCCAGAUCCAAAUCACUGUGUCUCUGUUUUGCGUGGUCAGAUCGUUGCCCUGCUAAAACAGCUAUUACCACAACUAGAUUUGCCUCAGUCUUUCGAUUAUACACGAGACCUACAACCUUUGCUGGCCACGGUUCGUGAUCUAAAUCGAAAGGUGACCGUUUGAGCUCCCGCAACGGUCACUCAUCCAUCCACCUCCUUUUCCAAACAACAGACUUGCUCUCUCAGUGUACAAAGCUCUUGUUUUUAUGUACAUUCACCAAAAAGAACAUAAACACGUUCUUUGCUAAUGUAAAUAUGGUGUUUGAGAUCGGUGGCUUCAUUUCAUUUCGUCCCAAAAUUUGAUGAGGCUGUACAAAGAUUCCGGUAUAUAUCUACAAAUGCAUACCCACUAUUACAUUUUCCUCUUCCGAUUUUAACGAUCAUGAAAGGUGCGUAAACAAUCGGGACAUAUUACACAAAUCUGCAGGCGUGUAACAAAAGUGCCGGACUCAAAUAAGUCGGAUGUCGAAACGGACUGAAUGGUUUAAAGGAGUAAAAAAAGAUUGACCGUUUAUCGUUGAAAGCCUAUUUCUGUCCAUACAUACCAAAGGCGCUAAAGAUGAGGUAAUACGGUGAUGGCUUGCUUGCUGUUACGCCACACCGGCACUUGGGGCAUGGAAAUGUGGGUGAAAACUUUCCGUGGACUACCCCGCAUGAAAGCACGCCACUCGGAUACGGUUCCACGGAUAACCGGAUCACUUUUAACCUUUUCGCAAUAAUUAACCUCAUUCUACUCCCAACUUCUCCGUCUUUCCAACAUAAUUAACUGGUCAAACACCCUGAACUGCUACAGAAAGCUUGGAUAAAUAUCUAUCCGUUGCGAUCCUCUUGUACCGAAUGAUCAGACCAACUAGUCGAACCGUAUCUUGCACCGUCGAGAAAUAUACCACUCAUACACUUGCUGGAAGAUGCAAAAGUAGCAGCAGAUUGCGAUUAGCAAUCACACGGACAUUUCUUCUGAAAUUCAUGUCGCUUUUAACAUCAUUUAAUUGCUCACACUUUCUGGACUCAACCCAGAGUUCAAAAGUCGUGAAAUUCUCUUGUGUUUUCAAGUGUA